UUCUCUUUCCCCUCCCUGCCUGAUUGUACAGCCCCGGCCCCUGAUUUCCUCUGAUUUUGGACUGUUCCUUUCUCUUUGUAGAGACACCAGUCCACUUCCACAGUGCACAAAGGAAAGAUGUUCCCUCUGUCAAUCAGAAGGUGUGGGAUGUGGAAUUUGGAUUAGUGGAACGGGCCACUUACCUGACAGUGGAAUUCGAAAAACAGUUGAAUGCGAUUUGUGUCAAAGGAUGUAACUUUGGGCAACUCUCAGACAGGGGACUUUCCUGCUUGGGAAUUAGGUGCUGUACAGACUGGGGCCAGGUUACACUAUAAGGUCACCAUGCCGGAAGGAGUCUCCAGGGGCAGCAGUAAGAGAGCAUGUAAACAAGCUGCCCCCAGACCCACAUCAGUAAGUUCUCUGAGUGGAAUUGUAGACGGGAUGUCUGGCAGUUGUACCUCUGUGAAUACUGUGUGCUCAGACAGUGACCGACCAGUCAGCCUUAGCUCUUCAACUUCUUCAGCUUCUUUGCAGGACAGCCAUAGUUCAUUUGGAAGCAGUGGAGCUCUUGUGUCAUCACAAAACACUGGCUCUUGCUACACUCAGCAAAAUGGCAGUGACAUCAGCCUUGACCUAACCCCUAUGGCACUCUUAGAAGGGGAAUCAGAAAGAAGUGCCAUGGACAGAACUUUUCCUGGCUACACCUAUUCUCCUAUUCUGCGCAAGGCAAGAGAUCCAAAGAUCAAAUUAUCUCAUGUUGACAGAGUUGUACUUGAGAUUCUAGAGACUGAACAGGCAUACGUCCGGGAUCUCAAAAGCAUUGUGGAGGAUUACCUGGGCUGUAUCAUAGACUGUGGGCACCUUCCUCUCAAACCUGAGCAAGUCAGCACUUUAUUCUGCAAUAUUGAAGAUAUUUAUGAGUUCAAUAGUGAACUACUGGAGGAUCUAGAGAACUGUAACUCUGCCCAUGGGAUUGCUGAAUGCUUUGUCAUGAGGAGUGAAGAUUUUGAUAUUUAUACAUUGUACUGCAUGAACUAUCCCAACUCAGUGUCUGUCCUCCAUGAAUGCAUGAAGAGCGAGGAACUGGUACAAUUCUUCAGAGAGCGCCAAGCUAGCUUAUCACACUCACUUCCACUGGAGACAUAUCUCCUCAAACCUGUGCAGCGUAUAAUGAAAUAUCACCUUUUGCUACAGGAGCUAGCCAAACACUUUGAUAAAAAUGCUCCAGGUUACGAGGUAGUGGAGGAAGCCAUUAUUACUAUGACUGCAGUGGCCUGGUACAUCAAUGACAUGAAGAGGAAACAAGAGCAUGCUGUCAGAUUGCAGGAAAUUCAGAGCCAGUUGGUUAACUGGCAGGGCCCCGACCUCAGUGCCUUUGGGGAGCUUGUCCUGGAGGGGACAUUCCGUGUGCAACGUAUGAAGAAGGAACGAGCUUUCUUCUUAUUCAGUAAGAUGCUGCUCAUUGCAAAGAAGCGAAUGGACCUCUUCAUUUACAAGAUGCACAUUUUUUGCUGUAACCUCUCGCUUACUGAGCAUUUGAAGGAUGGAUUGAGUUUCCGAGUGUCUGACCUGACUAUCCCCAAGCACCAGCAAGUGAUUCAGGCCAGAAACCAGGAAGAAAAACGGCACUGGGUCCAUUCAAUCAAACGACUUAUUGUGGAAAACCACCCAGCGUCUAUCCCUCAAAAGGCGAAGCAAGUUCUUCUGGAAAACAGCUUCCAGUAUUCCCCUGAUGUGCGUCUCAGCCCAGAACCUUUGAAGUCACCGAGAUUAGAUGAGUUGUGGGCAUUCUCCAGAAGCCGGAGACAAUCAGAGCCACCACAGCUCAUGUGCAGCCCAGAGAGGUCCAAAAAACUGUUCCCAGCACUAAGCAUGGACAGUGGCUUCCAGCACCGCCGUGGCCGCAGGCUGUCUGAACCAGCGAAAGAAAUUCAAGCUGCAUUUGAAAACAGCGAUUUGGUGCCAAUAAAGCACGCCGGCAGUGAAGGAGAACUUUUCCCAUCUUCUGGGUCUCUCAGGUCCUCAGACAGCGUGUGCACUUUAGAGUCCAGUAUCCUAGAGGUGGCUGAUGAAGUAUACGAGGAAGACAACUCUUUCAGUUUGCCCGAGGAAGCUCUGUCAGGAAGUCUGUCCAUCACUGAGGAGAUUCUGGAACUCCUGAAUAAGAGAGGCCUCCAAGCUGACUUGGGGAUCAUGGAGAAAAGCGAGAGUCUUGAAUUAACAGGGAGCAACACAGAGCCUGAGGAGCAGCUACUAAACUGUGAACCAGAGGUGAAAACAACUGGAAUUAAGACAGAAAAUGAUCAGCAACUGGUGAAACAUGGAAAUGUAUGCCAUGGCUCUGAAGUCCUCUCUGAUUCCAAGGAUCCUCUCCAAUAUCCCACCAAAGCUUCAGUUUGCCAAGGACAUAUUAACAGUGAGUCGUCAGAAGAAGAAGAGCCAAAAGGGGAUCCAAGAGAAUCACCCCUCCACAUGUUGGAAGAGCUAGAGCAGGAGGAGACAUCUGGUUUUUGCAACACAGAGAUUCCUGAACAUGAAAUUGUCCAGGACACAGUAUGUUUAAAUGAAUUGGAGAAUCCAAAGCUUAGUGGCUGUGUUCAGAAUGAGAGUUUUAAUGUACAUGAUACAGCUGAAUGUCAGGAGCCAGCCAAAUUAGAACCUUUGCCAGAGAAGAAUGAGAAAAACCUUAAGACUAAGAGGGAUUCAACCCUAACACAAGACGAUCGGCUGCUGAUUGAGAGAAUUAAAAAUUACUAUGAAACAGCAGAAGCGGGCGUAUCAUACUUAAGCAAAGAAGAUAGCAUUUCUUACAUUCCAACAGGGGUGGUUAAGGAUUCUAUUUUGAGAUUCAAUUACAUUCUGCAGCAAGAGGUAAAAAAGGACAAAGAGAAAAGUUUAUUUGGAAAUACUAAAUGUGUAGACAGAGGUAAACAAGUAAUCUCUUCUAGAAAACCAUGGUCUCGAUUAGAUAAGGAUAGCCAGCCCCCUGUAUCCCUAACAGAAAUCAGGAGCCCUAUUACACUGCCUUUAGAACAAGAGACAGAAUAUUUGUCAUGUGCUGAGAUCCGCAAAGCCUGGAAAGAAAAGGAAAAGCCAAAUCCAACUGAAAGCAUUGCAACACCAAGAAGAGAAACAUUGUGUAGGAAAAGGAUGGGAACACCAGAAGAUGUGCUGGUGAUCAUGGAGGAAUGUGAUGUAGAAGUGCCUCUGGCAUCAAAAGAAAUUCCUCUUAUAGGGGAUGCAAGGAAGGAACAGAAAAAACAGAGCAUGGAGGAAAAAGUCACCAAACAGGACAACCACCAUAAGAUGGCCAUUGCCAGCAUGAUAGGUGAUCCUGGGGAAAGCAAAGAAAUAUGCUGUCCUGCAGGGCUGAGCCUAUAUGAGACAGAGGAUAACUGUUUAUUUGAGAACUCUGAAAAGAUCAUUAACAAGGUUCAGCUGUUGGCCAAAAUGUAUAGCGAGAAGAUUGGUAGGAUGAAGACACAAAGGAAGAAUGGAGACAACAAAAGACAAAUAGUUGAUCAGAGUAAAGCUAUAGAGGAGACUCUCCCACAGGUCAUUGAGGAAAAAACUGGAGACAAGAGUGUAACAGAGCCUCAUCCUUAUGGCCAUCUGCUCAUUCAUGAAACACUUUUGCAUAUUAAUUGUAUUCAAGAGAACAGCCUCCUUUUAGCUGCAGCUCGAGAGGUCACUGGAGUCCUGUACAGAGAAGAUUUAAAUGCAAUGGAUAACUCCACCACCCAACCCUUGUUAAGGGAAGAAACAUUUUCAGAGCGGCUACCAGAUUAUGAGUUUCAGAUUCCCUUUACUGAGGAACCAGUUAUUGAGAUCAUGGCCAAAUUAUCACUUGAAAGCAAUGAAAAGCAAGAAGUAAAGUUACAAACAGAUGAAUUCAGGUUGGCAGAGGUUGCAAUGGUUCAGUCUGAAACAUCUUGCUCUGUCCUGGAACCUUCCCAAACAUGUAAUGAGGAAGCUAGUAAAGCUGUGACUGAUGGAUCACUGCCUGAUGGAUUACUGCCUGAUGGAUAUACAACUAAGGAAAAAGAAAAACAAGUGCUCACAGCUAAUUUGGUAGAGAUACCUGAAAAAUGUAACGUAAUGGGUUUGAAUGUAUCAGUUAGAAAUGUUCAGCAUAGUUUCCCUGUGUGUCAUGAGAGUGAAAAUUCUCUGCGUGAAAAUCCACUUCUUAAAGAAACAGAGCCACAUUCAACUGACCAAAGAAAUGCAUACACUGAAAAUGAGGACACAACCCAUGUGGAUUUCAAGGAAUCAGAAGCAGUCAGUAGUCCUGAAUCUCCUAAAAUACAAACAGAAGAACAGGCAAAAUAUGUUUCUAACGGAGAACAAGCAAAAAUGAAUCUUGAAAACAUGAAAGAAGAGUACAAGAUCGCGGAUGAAAAUGAUUUAGAAAAUUGGAAAAUACCAAAGGAGACUACAAAAGACACAAAUCCAUCAGUGAGAGGCGACCAUUUUCCUUUUAAGGUAGACACUGUUCUACCAUCAUCGGUACAAGUUUGUGAAAAUGGGACAAGAUCUCACUCUGAAGACCAUGUUAUACCAUCAUCUACAAAUACACCAGCUAAACAGCAUGACACCAACACAUUUAAUAAAAACAGAGGUCUCUCCCCAUCCGUAUUUGAUGUCAUGCAGAGGCUUCAGUUGGACUCCUCAUUUUCUGUUGCUUCCAGAAAUAACCUGAAUAACUCAAAGAAGCUUAAUCUAGCAACUCGCUCAUCUUCUUUCAAGAGCAAGACUUCAACUGCUCAGGAGUUUCACAGUAUGGACAAAACAUUGUUAAAGCCACCCAAAAUGCAGAUAGGUGAAUCUAAGACAGCCCCAAACAUUCUUAACCCCUCUGCUUUACAAAAGAAACUGUCCAGUGCUAUGACUCUUUCUAAGUUUCUAUCAACAUCACAUGCAGCGCCAGGUUAUAUGAAAAGAAGACCACUCACCAUGUCUAAAAGCUCAGACAGUGAAAUAAACAUUCAAGAAACACUACUGAAAAAUCAUUGUCCAGUUCCAGUCAUUGCAAAACCCUUGGCUGGUUGUUCAUCACACAUUAACGCAGAUUCGCCUGAAACUGACAUUAAAACAAAAAGCAUGAAACAGUCAUUUCAAAGGGAUGACAGAAAAGAAGAACACAUACUAGGUGAAUUAAACCCAAUUGAAAUACUUUCCAGAAAUCAAGGCAAUCAACGUUCAGCCUGUUCCACCAAUAACUGCCAGGAACUAAACCUUGGCGAUAAGGAGAGAAAACCCUUAGAUAACCCUGUAUGCCUAUCCCCAGGCUCUGCUGUUCUCAUUGCUUUUCCCUAUCCUCCUCCAAUAAAAACAACACCUACUUCAACUGCAUCUGAGCCAAAUUCACGAGUACAGUCCCCACUGCCUCUCCGCACUCGAAUGUGCUCUCCUCCACCAAGGUCUGCUUCAAAGUCCUUUCGCAUGCCCUCCUUCUCUAGUUCUAGGUCUUGCUCUUUCACACCACUAUCUUUCAGCCAGGUGGAGAAAUCAUCAUCAUCUUCUGCAAGUUCUACACCAACUUGCACAAGCCCUUCUUUCAUGCCUAAUUCACCUGACCCAGGAUAUGGAUUUCCUUUCCACCCCAGAAAAUCUUGGGGAAACUGCUUUCCAUCUGGAAGAGACCGAGUUGUCAGCCCUAGGAGUGCACUAAACUCUCCUCUUGGAUCAACUGAUGAAGAAAACAGAUUCUGGAGCUGCAGUGGAUCACCACCAUGCCUGAGCCCUGAUACUCAUUCAGUGCCAAGUGGCAUUAGCUCUCAUGAACUAACCAGUAUACAUUGGCCAGAUGUACAUGAGCUACGCUCAAAGUAUGGACCACUUAAAGUUCAAAAGUCCACCAAUCACCAGAACACAGUUGAUACAAGCUCAGCCAGUUUGGUAAAACCAAUUGGGUAUUCACCUGAAGGGUCCAAAAGAAGCCCAAAAAGAGUGGCAUCACUUGAUUCAGCAAUUCAACACACACAUGUUAUUCAGCGCUCAAAAAGUACAGUAGGAGUUGGAAAUGGAGACAAAUGGGACUCAUCUAAUGAAAAAGAGAAAGCCAAUUUGAAGGCAAGCUAUUCUACAACAGUAAACAUACAGAUUGGAGGCAGUGGUAGAAUAGCAUCCUUUACCAAUGCACAAGUCAUUCUUACACACCCAUUGCUCCAGGCUCCUGAAUCUCAGACAACGAGGAAGAUUAAUAUAAAUGGAAGCACCUUAGACCCAUUGCCGAAAUCAUGAUGCCUUCUAGGGAAUGAGGAGGAAGUUUUUUUUCAUCAUAACAGGUCACAUUUGGAGACUAUAUUAAAUUUUCAAAUGUCCUGUGAAGUCAGACUUUUUCAGUAAUUUAAAUACUUUAAGUGAAAAGGGACAACCAGAUAAACCAUAGACAUUUUAAAUCAUAUUACAGAGAAAUGACAACAUGCCAGUUUGCACAUUUUUAUAUGCAAGAAGGACUGCUUCAAACUUUUUUUUACAGUAUUCAAAGUGGAUCAACACUGUGCUGGACUUGUUUUGAGCCUCACUAAAUUUUGCACUUAGAGAUUGCAAAUGGUUUGCAUCAAAAAACAUAUUGAUAAUGCAUAUAGUGUAUUAAAAACUCACACACUGAAGGAAACCAAAGAUACGGUAGUCAACUAAACACUUUCCAGUCUCCCGAACUAUGUUUUUAUGCUGGGGGGAGCCAUUCACUUAUAUAUCAGACAUCUGGUGCUGUUGGCUGUUACUUGUCAGUAUACCACACACGUUCUUUUAUCUGCAUGUGGUGAUUCUUUACAGGAAUCGGUAUGAAGGAUGGGACAAAAACUUAGUUUUAUUACAGUUAAAUUAUUGCUUCAAAAGAAGUGAAAAAAAAAAGGUUUCAUUUGAAUGACUCUCCAUACGACAGGUUGUAAGUAGUCUGUUAAAGACGAGAUCCUUUGCUAAGGAUGUUAAUAUAUUUUGUGCAUUAGGGCCAGGGCACAAGCUGCUAUUUUG